AUGCAGGCAGUGAUUUGGAACCUUUGGCUGGAACGUAACAGGAGAAUCUUCGAGGAUUAUAAGGGAGUGGGAGUGAUAGAGUUAUGGGAUAGAGUGAAGUUUUGGGCUGCCCUUUGGGCAUCAACUUCCCUUGCUUUUAAGGAUAUAUCCUAUCCUACAAUUGUGCGCAAUCUGCUGACUGUAGUAUCUUAA